CGGAAGGUAAGCUGUCGAAAUCUUCCGCCAACAGUAAUAUCGAACCCGCUGCGCGUGCAAGAUCCUCCACUGUUGUGACAAGACAUAAAAAGUUCAUAUCGAUAAACGACAUCGGUAAAUGCCUGACCCGGCAGCAACGAAGAAGGCUGGUGCAGGGCGUGGUGCAGCUGCCAAGAAGACCUCUGAAGGUGAUGGAAGUCCGAAAAAGGGAAAAGGACGGGCUAAGGCCCCUGCUAAGUCCGCAGACAAGCCCGCCGAGAAACCUGCGUCGAAGAAAGGCGCCGAGAAGCCAGCUGGAAAGGGCGCAUCAAAGGGGCCUGCCAAGCCGAAGAAGUCCACCAAGGAAUCUGGAGAUGAAGAGUAACGGUCUCCCUCGCUUCUACGUCACAACCAUCAAUUUCUCCGCAAUAUUAGUUUGUAGUUGAAAUAAAAGUUGGUCGAAGCGUAAAUAUGUUAAGAGCUAGGUCAUAACAUGGCCAGUACGGGUACCAUGAGUUUUUUUAGUUUCAUGAAAUUUUAUGCUUAUGAAGAAUAGCUGCGUAUUUUGGCAAACUGCACAUUUCAUAACUCAAUACUCAGAAAUGGCUUGGUGGCAUUACCUUCGUAUUAUGAAUAAGGGGUUAUGCCGCAUUCGGCUUCUUUUACUGUUCGAAACAUUGUUUUUUAAUUCUGCGAAAUUCUACUUCUAAUAAAUUAUCUCUAGU